AUGUGUGUCACUUAUUGUUGGGCAGACCUUGGGAGUACGAGCGUAAUAAGACCUUGGGAGUACGAGCGUAAUAUAGAACAUAAUGGGCGGGCCAAUACUUAUAGCUUUUUGUUUGGUGGUGUGAAGAUCACUCUUGUUCCUAGCAAGCCUAAGCAGGUAGCCACAAAACAGUCAGGUACUUUGUUGACCAUCAGUCAGUUUCAAGAUGAGUUGGAGGAUACAGACAAUGUUUUUGUUUUGAUAGGGAAGGCAGUGCCCGAGGAAGUCGAAAUUACUGAAGCUAUGGUUCCUUUGCUUGAGGAAUUUUCUGAUGUUUUUCCUGUUGAGUUGCCUGAUGGAUUACCACCUUUGCGUGACAUCCAACAUCAUAUUGAUUUGGAGCCUGGGUCACAGUUACCCAAUAGACCACAUUACAGGAUGAGCCCUGCUGAGCAUGAAGAGUUGCGAAGACAGGUUGAGGAGUUGAUUUCUAAGGGCAAAAAACGCUUAUUUCCAUGA